GAUCCACUCGCUCAUCCUCUGCCGCCAUGUCCCAAACGCGUGAGUUCCCACCACUUUAUCAAUCCACAGGCGACGCGUCGUCCGACCGACUCGCGUUCUUCCACCUCCUCGAGCGUCUCAAGACACAGAAACGGACCGGAUGGGUCGACCAUGACAUACCGAACCCAGAGAGUAUCUCGGAUCACAUGUACAGGAUGGCGAUGUUGGCGAUGUGUACCUCGGACCAGACGCUGGAUGUGGCCAAAUGCGUGAUGCUCUGCUUGGUGCACGAUCUGGCAGAGGCCCAUGUUGGUGAUAUAGCACCGCGAGAGGGGUUCACUUCCGAAGAGAAGAGACAGCUCGAGGCAAAAGCCAUGGACAAUAUAGUCCAUGAAAUGCUACACGAUAGCCCCGCUGCCCUAAAAGUCCGGGCGCUUUGGGAGGAAUACGAGGAACGACAGACACCCGAGGCAAAAUUCGUCAAAGAUCUGGAUCGGUUCGAGAUGGCCUGCCAAGCCUCAGAAUACGAGCGGGCGCAUGGGAAGAGCCUUCAGCCGUUCUUUGACUCGAGCUUGCCCCACAUCCGACAUCCUGAAGUGCAAGAGUGGGGAAGAGAUCUUGCUAAGCAGCGGGAGAGUCUCUGACAAUAGCCGUCUGAUUCUAAACUCAGACUGUCCAUGACGAGAAUAACGACAUGCACUCAUCCUAACACACACAAUGAAUCGGAGACAUAAAUCACUGGUUUACAGGUUUUUGUGACGAGAUAAACCGGGAUCAGAUCCAGUAUCGAUAGGCAGAACGAUGCAGUCAGAAGCGAUCGCGAUCUACAAUGCUAUGCUAUUGUUGCCAGUCUGCACCGCCAUUUCAACUCGAAUUUUCCUCACCGAGUAUGAUCCUCUCUAGGGAAGUGUAACUUCAACGCUAUGGGGUCGAUCGUCUGACCUGAAUCGGCAAUUAUGUGCUCUACGAACCGGAUCGCUCGAAUCCUCUCGCCUCAACUAGCCUGAACGUUCAGUGACCCUACGUAGACCUUGCUGUUAGUCAAGAGUGAAUUCUAGACCGAGUGAAUUGGAUUCGGCGUAGCGGUUACGAGCAUGUCCUGACAUCGAAGACAUCAGCAGAUAGUAGAUAAUAUCUGGUUAUAUUUCA